AUGGCGUACAAGCGGUUCACUGCUUUGACAGGUCACCCAAGAAAAAUCUGGUCUGACCCCGGAACCAACUUUAUUGGAGCUAAACCUGUCUUGAAAGAGCUCUAUCAAUACUUGGACAGCCAAGACAGAGCUACCCUGGAAGAAAACUUUGGACAGAACGGAACGGAAUGGGAGUGGAAGAUCCAACCAGCAGACUCUCCUCACCGCAAUGGUGCCGCUGAGGCCGCUGUUCGCAUCGUCAAAAAAGCACUUCAGAGCCUAGGUAGAGAAACUGGCCUAACUUACAGUGAACUCCUAACAACUGUGCAGCUGGCUGCCAACCUUGCCAACGAGAGACCAAUAGACGCCAGAGUGCAAAGCAGUGAGGAAUCUGUCCAAUAUGUAACGCCCAACUCCCUCCUCUUGGGACGUGCAUCUUCACAAGGUGAUGUUGUGACUUUCAAUCACAAAGGUUACUCAUUUAAAAGGCUCCAGGAAAUGCAAAAUCAGGUCAACAAGUUCUGGAGGGCCUGGAGCCAGCUCGCUGGUCCUAACUUGUUCAUAAGAAGCAAGUGGCACACCAUGCAAAGAAACGUUGCAGUCGGUGACAUCUUCUGGGUGUGUGACCAGAACGCCUUAAGAGGUCAAUUCAAGCUCGGACGUGUCAUGAGUGUCAAUCUUGAUGACCAUG